AUGGGCCUCUACCUCCUCGACUACGGCGCGGGCAACGUCCAGAGCCUCGCUAACAGCAUCAAAAAGCUCGGACAUGCCUUUCAGUGGAUUUCCUCACCAGAGGACUUCGACAAGGCCACAAGCCUCAUCUUCCCUGGCGUCGGCGCAUUCGAGAGCGCGAUCGAUGGCCUCAUAUCACGCGGCCUUUACGAGCCCCUGCGCGAGUACAUCGCCUCGGGGAAACCGUACUUCGGCAUCUGCAUAGGCAUGCAGGUCCUCUUCCGCUCCUCGCUCGAGUCCCCCACCUCCACCGGGCUCGGCAUCGUCCCGAGCGACAUCGGCCUCUUUAGCAACGUGGACAAGUCCGUUCCCCACAUGGGCUGGAACUCGGUCGAGUUCCUCGAUCCGGCGGAAACGGCGCACGAAGGCAUCGACCCCGCGGCGCGCUACUAUUUCGUCCACUCCUUCCGCGCGCCAUAUGACUGGGAGCACGCGGAAGCCGCCCAAUGGGCGCACACCACAACGCAGUACGGCCAGGAGGUCUUCUUGGCGUCGGUUCGUAAGGGGAACGUCUUCGCGUGCCAGUUCCACCCGGAGAAAUCUGGAAAGGCGGGCCUGCGCGUUCUUGAUGCGUGGCUCCGCUCAUCUGAAGCGGAACGUGCGACGAGUCCGCCCACUCCCCGCGUAGCACGUCAUCCGAAACCCAAGGAUGGCUUCACGAAGCGCGUCGUGGCAUGCAUGGACGUCCGGUCGAACGAUGCCGGUGACCUCGUCGUGACGAAGGGCGACCAGUACGACGUCCGCGAACGCACUGGCGCGGACGGCAUACAAACACAAGCAGCAGGCGAGGUUCGCAACCUCGGCAAGCCCGUCGCACUUGCCGCACGAUACUACGAGGAAGGCGCGGACGAGCUCUGUUUGAUGAACAUCACUUCCUUCCGCCACUCACCGCUUCUCGACCAGCCUAUGCUCGCCGUCGUCCGGGCAGCUGCCGAGACGGUGUACGUCCCGCUCACCAUCGGCGGAGGCAUCAAGGACACCGUGGACCCAGACGGCACCCCGCACUCUGCGCUUGAGGUUGCCGGGACGUACUUCCGGGCGGGGGCGGACAAGGUCAGCGUCGCGACUGAGGCCGUCUUCGCAGUGGAGAAGAUGCGCACACGUCCUAGCGCAGACGGCAUCGGAGAAGGCGACGGGACGAGCGCUAUCGAGACAAUCGCGCACGCGUACGGUCGGCAAGCGGUCGUCGUCUCGGUUGACCCUCGAAGGGUGUACGUCGACGCCGACUACAACGGCCCGUAUAAGGACGAGCUGGUGUUCGGCAAGCCGGACGGCACAGAGAAGGAGCGCGGCCGGGCGUGGUGGUACCAGUGCACGGUGCGCGGCGGGCGCGAAGACCGGCCACUGUCUGUCGCACAGCUCGUCAAGGGCGUGGAGAAGCUCGGCGCGGGCGAGAUCUUGCUCAACAGCAUCGACCGGGAUGGGACUGGGCUCGGAUUCGACUUGGACCUCGUUGCAUUGGUCCGGCGCAGCGUACGGAUACCGGUCGUCGCCAGUAGCGGUGCAGGACGGGCCGCGCACUUCGUGGAGGUGUUCGAAAAGACAGGCGUGGAGGCUGCGCUGGCCGCGGGAAUCUUCCACCGGCGGGAGGUCGGGAUUGACGAGGUGAAGGCUGCGCUGACGGCGGCGGAUAUCAAUGUGCGGACCGCCUAGAGACGAAUUUGAAUGAUAUUGUACAAUAAAUGUACUCCACAAGCGUCG